UUCGUAGUCCCCUGCACCUGCACGACAAUUUUCCAAGGCGUUGACGCUGGAGUCGAAGUCUUUCCCUUCUUCUUCUUCUUCUUCUACAUUCACGAGUUCCACGAGAUUGCGAGCGAAGAACCAUCAAGAUUCCAUGGAAAUUUUGGUCGAGUUAAAUUCUUUGUGGGAAGUGCCGAUCUACAUAUAUCAUUGCUUGCCACAAUUACCCGUCCGACUAAUUUUACUUCGCCCGCGGAAUAUGUUGAGCAUGAAUCUUCCUUCUCCUUCGGCACGAAAAUAAAGGGCCAAUAGUACUGAGAUACAAGUGUGAAUCCACAAGACUUCCACUUUCCCUAUGUGGACCGUUUUCUUACUGCCGGUAGGUGUUGAAAUGGAUCUGAAACUUCCCCCUCAUCGCCUCUGCAGCUCUGCGCUGCUCGUUCAUUUAAGACAGGGUUCUCCACCUCCUCCAGCCGCACCCACAGCGGCCAGACACCACUGAGAUCGGGGAGGAAGAGAGAUCGAGGAAAUGGAGAAGGCGAUCGAGAGGCAGCGCGUCCUCCUCCACCACCUGCAACCCUCGCCUCCCCUCCGUUCUCCUAUCCUCUCGACCGAGGUUUGCGCUGCCGGUGAUAGCGCAAAAUACCAGAGGAGUUCUUGCUUCGGUGACGAUGUGGUUAUCGUGGCUGCUUGCCGAACUGCUAUUUGCAAGUCCAAAAGAGGGGGCUUCAAGGAUACACACCCGGAGGACCUGCUAGCACCUGUUCUUAAGGCAUUGUUGGAUAAGACUCAACUAAACCCGAGCGAAGUUGGUGAUAUUGUUGUUGGCACUGUACUGGCACCAGGAUCUCAAAGGGCAAUUGAGUGCAGGAUGGCAGCAUUUUAUGCUGGAUUUCCUGAUACCGUCCCACUCAGAACUGUGAACAGGCAAUGUUCGUCUGGCCUUCAGGCUGUUGCUGAUGUUGCUGCUGCUAUAAAAGCCGGUUUUUAUGAUAUCGGCAUUGGUGCAGGGUUGGAAUCAAUGACCGUAAAUUCAGUUGGUCUGAAUGGGCCUGUUAACCCCAAAGCGGAGACGUUUCCACAAGCCCGAGACUGCCUACUUCCAAUGGGCAUUACAUCAGAGAAUGUUGCAGACCGUUAUGGCAUAACAAGGCAGGAGCAAGAUUAUGCUGCUGUUGAAUCUCAUAGGCGGGCAGCUGCAGCAACUGCUGCUGGGAAAUUUAAGGAGGAAAUCAUUCCUGUAGUUACAAAGAUCGUAGACCCAAAAACUGGAGAGCACAAGCGAGUAACAAUUUCUGUAGAUGACGGAAUUCGUCUGGAUACAUCGAUGUCAGUCCUUGCAAAACUUAAACCAGCAUUCAAGAAGGAUGGAAGCACUACUGCUGGCAAUGCUAGUCAAGUGAGUGAUGGUGCCGGAGCAGUCCUUCUCAUGAGAAGGGAUGUAGCAAUGCAAAAGGGGCUCCCAAUACUGGGUGUAUUUAGGAGUUUUGCAGCAGUUGGAGUGGAACCUGGUGUAAUGGGCAUUGGUCCUGCUGUUGCAAUUCCUGCUGCAGUGAGGGCUGCUGGCCUUCAGCCUGAUGACAUCGACAUCUUUGAAAUAAAUGAGGCUUUUGCUUCUCAAUUUGUGUAUUGCUGCAAAAAACUGGAGUUGGAUCCUGAGAAAGUAAAUGUCAAUGGAGGUGCUAUUGCUCUCGGACAUCCCUUGGGUGCUACAGGUGCCCGAUGUGUGAGCACACUUCUAAAUGAGAUGAAACGAAGAGGCAAGGAUUGCCGGUUUGGAGUCAUUUCAAUGUGCAUAGGUUCUGGUAUGGGAGCUGCAGCUGUGUUUGAGCAUGGAGACGUCGUGGAUCAGCUCACCAAUGCCAGGCAGGUCGAGGCCAACAGUUUCUUGUCCAAGGAUGCUAUGUAGCCAUUUAUAAACAGGAUCAUUAGCAAUCCUAGUUCUACAUAAGUGCGUUCGGGUUGUACUUUAAAUUUAGCUGCAUAUUUUUGUGAUUAGGUCAUCUAUAGUUUACCUUAUCACUUCACUUAUUGCCUUUGGGAACAAGUGACGUUUGGAUAAAGAUGAUUUGAUGCAAUGUUGCAGUAUUGCAUUUUUAUAAA